AUGGAGGCAAACAAUAAGACUUAUGAUUUUAUCAUAGUUGGGGGGGGUAUAUAUAGUUGCUGUAUAUAUUAUUAUUUAAAGAAAAAUAAUCCAGAAUCUCAAAUUUUAAUUAUUGAAAAAAAUACCAAGUUAGGCGGAUGUAUACAAACAGAAAAAUAUAAUAAUAAUGUUAUUUAUGAGUUAGGAGCAAAUGUAUUUAAACUAUGUAAUAAUAGUUACAAAUUAAUCAAAGAAUUAAAUUUGGGUGAUCAUAUUGCCGUUGUAAAUAAAAAAUUAGUAAGAUAUAUAUAUCAUGAAAAUUGUAUGUAUCCAUUAUAUUUAAGCUUUUUUGGAUAUAUAUGUUUUCCUUUGAUAUCUUUUAAAAAUAAAAUAAAAUUAAUAUAUAAAAUAUUAUUUAAGAAAUAUAAACAUGUUAAUUCAUAUAACUAUGAUAUAUCUAUAGAAAAUUAUAUGAAAGAAAAUUUUGAUUCAGAACAUUACCAAUUUUUAUUAUUGCCAUUAAUAUAUGGUUCUAGUGGUGGACAUGGAAAUAUGUCCGCACUUUCUUUUUUUUCUAGAAAUUUGAAACUUGUUAAUAACAAUAAAAAUUCAUUACGAAUAUGGAAUGACAAAAUAAAUGAAAUGGAUAAUAAUAGUCCUAAUUAUAAAUCGAACUUAAUAAAUUUUAACAAAAAUAAUUUAACUAAUAUAAAAAAAUGCUCUCAGUCAAGUUGCGCAAUAACUGGAUGUAAUGAUGAUACCCAAACAUGGCGUAGACCAAAUUUUAUUUUCGCCACUUUCAAUUUCGCCACAUUCAAUUUCGCCACUUUCAAUCUCUCCACUUUCAUUUUCCCCAUUUUCAAUCGCUCAUUAAAAUUUAUUAAAAAUAUGUUUUUUUCUAUAAAUUAUAGACUGUUUAAAUAUUUUCCUAUGAUAUAUAGUAAUGUAGAUAAUAAGUUUUUACAACAUAUUGAAGAAGAAGAAAAAAAAAAAUAUAUUGGAAAAACAGUGUCACUAAAUUGUGGAUUAUAUGAAUUUAUUCGCCAAUUAAAAAAACAUAUUCAUGAAAAAGAUAUAUUAACAAAUAGUGAAUUAAAUUUUAUAGAAAAAAAUAUUAAAAAUAAUAUAUGGACAUGUAACAUAAAAAAAAAUAAUACUGAAAUAAAUAUAUAUAGUAAAAAUGUUAUAUUAACAGUUAAUUCUAAAAUGUGUGCAAAUAUAUUAAGAAAAAUAUUACCUAUAGAAAUAAAAAAUAAUCUUGAAAAUUUUUCAUAUUCAUCUUUAAUAACAGCAAAUAUUUAUUUUAAUAAAGAAGAUAUAAAAAUACCUGACAAUUUAUUUGGCUUAUUAUCAGCUAAUAUAAAUGCAUAUAUACUUGGCUGUUUUUAUGCAAGUAAUAUGUUUUUAAAUCGUUGUGAAAAUAAUAAAAUUUUAUUAACUUUAUAUAUAAGAGAUAAUAAUCUAACUUAUCAAAAUGAUGAUCAAUUAAAUAAAACUAUAUUAAAUAAUUUAAAAAAAAUAUUCCCAUUUAAUGAUAAUGUAAAACCAACUAUAUUAAAUGUAACAAAAUGGAAAAAUAUUUUACCUGCCUAUUCAGAAAAUUAUGAAAAUAAAUUAAAAGAAUUUCUAAAUGAAUUAACAAAUCAAAAAUAUCAAAAUUUAUUUGUUGAUGCAGGUUGGAUUACUGGAACUUCAAUAUCAGAUCGAAUAUCAUCAGCAAUGGAGUUGUCUGAUUAUAUUAUAAAAAAAAAUAUUAUCUAG